AUGCUUAAACGAUCUGCCUUUACAAAGUGGAUCUUAGACAUUGGUGAUGGAACGAUAAAUGAUGAUGGGAGUGGUGAAGCCGUGAUUGAUAUUCCUGAUGAUCUGUUGAUUAAAGACUGUAAAGAUCCUAUAAAAACGACCGUCAAAGAGAUUUAUGGGAGUUUGUUUUCGAAAGAGUCUGAUCCUAAAUUUUUUCAAGACCGUGCCAUACUGAGUCCAAGAAACGGUGAUGUAGAGAAGAUAAAUGAUUACAUGCUUUCAAAGUUGUCGGGUAUGACCUAUCUUAGUUGUGAUAGCAUUGAUACGGCUGAAGAAAAUAAAGGUGGUUCCAACAAUAUGAUUUAUACCGAGGAGUUUUUAAAUAGUAUCAAGAUGUCUGGUUUCCCUAAUCAUGUCCUGAAGUUGAGAGAGGGUACUCCUGUAAUGCUUCUAAGAAAUAUCGACCCUAAGAAUGGGUUUUGUAAUGGCACAAGACUCAUCAUUACUAAGAUGGCUAAUUAUGUUCUCCAGGCUCAGAUAAUAACAGGUAGCAAAGUUGGUGACAAAGUACUUAUUCCUAGUAUAUUCCUCUCUCCUUCGGAGAUGAAACUUCCUUUCAGGAUGAGACGCAAGCAGUUUUCUAUCACAUUAGCUUUUGCAAUGACUAUAAACAAAAGCCAAGGACAAACACUCGAAAAGGUUGGUUUGUAUCUUCCAAGGCCGGUAUUUACUCAUGGGCAACUCUAUGUCGCUGUGUCGAGGGUUACACCUAGAGAAGAUUUGAAGAUAUUGAUCACCGAUAAAGACAACAAACUACAAAGCAAAACAUUGAAUGUCGUCUACAAGGAAGUUUUUGACAAGAUAUGA